AUGCGCUUCACUGCUGCUGCUGUCAUCCUGGCCGGCUCUGCCGCUGCCCACACCACCCCUGCCGGCUCGACCGUCUACAGCACCGCCUACGAGACCGUCACCUCGUGCGCUCCUACCGUCACCAACUGCCCGGCCUCGUCGACCGUCGUCAGCUCCAGCGUUGCCACCCUGACGCCCUCGACUGUCUACACCACCUCGGUCAAGACCAUCACCUCGUGCGCUCCCACCGUCACCAACUGCCCCGGCAAGCCCUACGUCGUGACCCAGACCAUCCCCGUCUCCACCACCCUCUGCCCGGUUACUGAGACCAAGAGCUACGGCAACGGCACCGCUGUCGUUCCCCCCACCGGCAAGACCGGCACUGCCCCCGUCGGCAAGCCCACCGGCAGCACUCUCGUCCCCGUGCAGCCCCCUACCACUGGUGUUCUCAGCAAGCCUCCCCCGGCUGCCUGCCCCACCAAGUCGGUUGAGACCAUCACCUCGGCCGUCACCAUCGUGACCUCGACCGUCAUUUACAAGACCCACGACGUUCCCUGCCCGACCGGCGGUAACGUCCCCCCUACCGGUGGUGUCCCCACUGGAACUGGCAACGUUCCCCUGCCCCCCAAGACCACCACCCCGGCCACUGCUGGUGCCGCCACCUUCGGUGCUUCGGCCGUCCUGGCUGCCGCCGCUCUCGCCCUCCUGGCUUAA